AUGUAUGCACUGGCGCUUGAGCAGAACACCCUGCGACUAGAGCCCGAGACCACCUUUGCUGGUUCCGCCGGCCUGAUCGCCAAUCUGGCGACCGUGAUCUCCGCCCUCACAAUCUACAUGGGUCUUCCGAAGCCGCCAGUCGCCGGCAAGAAACCACCCACGGGAAAGAAAAUUCUCGUUUACGGCGGUUCAUCAGCGGUGGGGGGCCUCGCGGUUCAAUAUGCGACGGAUGCUGGGUAUGGAGUUGUCACUACCUCGUCCGCGGCCAACAGAUCCAUGGUGGAGAAACGCAACCCGUCGCAUAUCAUCGAUCAUAGCCGCCCGGACGAGGACGUGAUCCGCGAAAUCCGGGAGAAUGGGCCUUACGAGGGAAUCUUCGAUGCAAUCGGCUCCACCACGACAACCCAACGCAUGGUGGCAUUGCUGCGCGAAACGGGAGGCCGGUUCUUUUCAACCAGCCCUUCGCCUGGGGAUGAGGCCAUCCCUGCAGGUAUAGAGAAGCUAUGGGCCGGAUAUUCUGAGACACUCGUAUCUCAGGCUGCACACCGCGAAUUGCGCACAUGGUACAUGGACGCGUAUUUACCGGCUGCACUGAAAAAGGGCACGAUAUGGCCAAAUCCGGCAUUGUGGCUCGAAGGAGGGCUUAACUCCGCCCAGAAGGCGUUGGACCUCCUCUAUGGAGAUCAUAUUAGCGGCCGAAAGGUUUUUAUCAACCCACAAGAGUGA